AUGGCGCGGAGAUCCGCGCCGCGGGGUGUGGAGGAUUUGUCCUCCCAGGUCUUAAUGCAGCCUCCUCUUCCUCCCGGGAGUCGCCGUUUUACGACCGAGUCCCCCGGGCGCCUCGCCGCCGGGGGCUGGUGGGCGGCGGCGCGCGCGGGGCUGGCGGGUUCGCCGUACCGAGGUUUUCGUACUAACCGGGUCUCCUCUCUCUUUUCCGCCCAGGAUCGCCACGACGCGAGCAGCAAUGGGAACCCGCGCAUCCCCCACCUGUCCUCGGCCGGCCAGCACCUCUACAGCCCCGCGCCGCCCCUGUCGCACACGGGCGUCUCCGAGUACCAGCCGCCGCCCUACUUCCCGCCGCCCUACCAGCAGCUGGCUUACUCGCAGUCGGCCGAUCCCUACUCGCACCUGGGCGAAGCCUACGCCGCCAUCAACCCUCUGCACCAACCUGCGCCCACCGGCAGCCAGCAGCAGGCCUGUGCCUACCGCCGCUCCGAGCUGCUGCUGCCGCACCCGCACGCCCUCGACGCCGCGGGCCUGGCCGAGAACCUGGGGCUGCACGACGUGGCGCACCAGAUGGAGGAGGUGCAGAAUGUGGACGACCAGCAUCUUCUCCUCCACGACCAGACCGUCAUCCGCAAAGGCCCCAUCUCCAUGACCAAGAACCCACUGGGUCUGCCGUGUCAGAAGGAGCUGGUGGGGGCUGUGAUGAACCCCAGCGAGGUCUUCUGUUCUGUCCCGGGAAGAUUGUCCCUCCUCAGUUCCACAUCCAAAUACAAAGUGACGGUGGCCGAAGUGCAGCGGCGGCUCUCCCCACCCGAGUGCUUGAACGCCUCGCUCUUGGGAGGCGUGCUCAGAAGAGCCAAGUCCAAAAAUGGAGGACGAUCUCUGAGGGAGAAGUUAGACAAGAUCGGUCUGAACCUUCCAGCAGGGAGACGGAAAGCUGCUCACGUGACCCUGCUGACAUCUUUGGUGGAAGGUGAGGCUGUUCAUUUGGCACGGGACUUUGCCUAUGUCUGUGAAGCUGAGUUUCCCAGUAAGCCUGUGGCAGAGUAUUUAACUAGACCUCACCUCGGAGGACGGAAUGAGAUGGCAGCGAGGAAGAGUAUGCUCCUCGCAGCACAGCAAGUGUGUAAAGAAUUCACAGACCUCCUCAAUCAGGACCGAACCCCCAAUGGGAACAGCAGGCCCACUCCAGUGUUAGAGACGAGCAUACAGAACUGCCUGUCUCACUUCAGCCUAAUUACCCACGGCUUCGGCAGCCAGGCCAUCUGCGCAGCCGUGUCCGCGCUACAAAACUACAUCAAAGAAGCCUUGAUGGCCAUAGACAAAUCCUACAUGAGCCCCGGAGACCAGAGCCCGGCGGAUUCCAAGAGCCUGGAGAAAAUGGACAAGCACAGGAAGUGACCGGCGGGGACAGAGGACCAGAGAGUGGGGAAGGGAAGGGACCGCGAGGCCCUGUCCCCCCACUCGGACACACUAGGACCCCUCUGGCCCCGGGGGAAGAGUGUUCUGCUGUUGUUUCCCUUUUUGCCUACCUUGCUGUCAGAAAAGCCUCCCCUUGUUUCCGGAUGCCAGCCCUCUCCACCCGCUUGCCCCAUGUCAGGUGGCGUAGCAGGCUGAAGUCUCUCACUUCGGAUAUACAGUCUACCCAGUGCAAGGCGCCAGGCACUGGGGGUUUUGUUUUUGUUUUUUUG